AUGCCUAGAAAGAAAAAAGAAGAAUCACCUAUUGUUGUUAAAAAAGAGAUAAUAAAAGUCAAACUGGAUCAUCAAACUCAAAGUACCGGCGAAAUCCGGAUUGUAAGUGCUCAAUUGCUGGCACAACUACAAGCGGCUGGAUAUCAGGGGAAUGAGUUAAAUGCAGCGAUUAUACAACAUUCGCAACCCCAAUCUUCGCUUCAACAACAACAGCAGCAACAGCAAGCCUCAUCAAAUGCUGCUCAUCAGCAACAACAGCUGCAAACAGUACAAUCUCAACCUGCCCAACAGAUUCCUCAAGCUCAAGUAAUAACUCUGCAACAACUUCAAAACUUUUUCCCUCAACAAGCAUCACAACAAACUCAGCAGAUCCAACAGUUAAAUGCAGCAGAUGCAGCCCAACUACAGCAGCAAGUUCAAGCACUUCAGAACUCUGCUGCACAAUCGCCACAACAGAACACACAACAAAGUACCUCAGCCCAACAGUUGAAGACUCUUUAUGCACCAUCUCCACAACAGCAUCAACAGCAAGUGAUAAAUUUGCCUCAGCAAUUUAUUCAGUUUAAAAAUGAACAACCUCAACAACAAAUCAUUCAAAUAAAGCAACCCGAUGGUUCAAUUUCGCAACAAAUUAUUCAAAUGAAGCCAGAUCAAAUGCCGCAGCAACAACCAAUGCAACAAGUUCUGUCAGGCGGACAGUUGAUUCAAGGGCCUAAUGGAAUAAUUCAAGUUGUUCAGCCUAUGCAAACUGUUACUGUUGACGGUCAAGAAGCUCUGUUUAUUCCAAAUCAACUUGGGAAUGCACAAUCAGUGCAGCAAGCAUUUAUAACACCUUCGGGACAAAUCGUGAGAGGGCCAAUGAUAGCUCCAGGGAAUAUUCUGCAUAACUUACCGCAAACUGUUCAACUGCCAAAUGUUGGUAAUGGUGGUGGACAAGCAACAUUAACCAUACCUGGAACCAACAUACAAAUUCCACUUGGACCAACACAACCCGCUCAACCACAACAGCAGCAACAGCAAACUACGACGCAAAAUCAAGCAACAAAUCAUAAUCAACAGCAGAAUCUAACACAACAAAAUUCACAGCAACAACAAGUUCAAAGUGGAAAUCAACAUAAUCAAAGUCAAAAUAGCGUCAAUCAACAGCAAAGCCAAAAUUCCAAUCAACCACAACAGACGCAAGCAAAUACAGUAAUAACAAUUCCAGGUACCAAUAACACAAUUCAGAUACCAGCAAACUUUGCAGGUCAAAGCGUUCAAGUUCGACCAGCUGUUCCUCAAGUUGUGCAAUUUCCAAUGCCUGCACAAACAAUACCAAUUCUAGUUCCGAGAAAUACUGAAAAUGGACAGACAAUUUAUCAGACAGUACAUGUACCGAUUCAGAAUUUUGCUAAUCAAAUGCCACAAAUUGUUCAGCCACAAAUGCAAAUUGUUCCACAAUUAAGUCAACAAUAUGCAAACAUUAUUACUCUUUCCGGUCACAUUCAACAAGUUCAGUUGGCCAAUGUUCCAAUGCUUCAGCAACAAGCAGCUGUCCAACCAAACCUGAAUGCAUUGCAACCUCAAGCUAUAAAAGUUGAUUCAACUUCGCAGGAACAUCAACAGCAACAACAACAACAGCAGCAGCAGCAACAAGUGAAUGCAGCGCAACAACCGAUCACAAUAACAAAUGCACAUGAACAUCACAUGACAGUUAUUCCAGCCCACCAAAUGCGACCAAAUCAGAAUAUCGUUCAAAUCCCAAAUAUCCCUGGAAUUCAGCAAUUUCACAAUGUCCCUGGAAUUGGCAGUGUUCAAGUGAUAUCCACGAAUGCCUUGAAUGGAAAUUUCAUGUCACAACCAACUCAAAUUAUUCAGCAAAUUCCACAUUCGCCAAUGAUUCAAACACAAGCUGGUCAUCUACAAACUUCUACCACACCAUCAAAUCAAACUUCAACGCCAGCGUCAUCACAACCAACGCAAGCACAAACAAUAACAGUGACGACACCUCAAUCAAUUCAACUGAAACAAGAACAACAAGAGACCGGAACUCCAUCAACACUAAAAUGGAAUAUGAAAUCGGAAACUACUCCAACUUCCUGUGUUGUUGUUGCAUCUCAAUCGUCAUCAUCUGUUGGUGCUGUUAGUCAAUCACAAGCAUCAAAUGUUUCGUCACAAAGUCAACAGCAAUCUGUGUUGCCAGUCAUCACACAAGUGACGUCAAUAGCGCCAGGGCCAAUCAAUCAGCAGAAUUCAAAAAACGUAACAGGAACGUCGUCAGCUAGUCAAAGUCAAAUGACAAUACAACCAGCGUCAACAACGACAGCAGCGUCAACAACAGAAACAAAAACAACAACAACGACGACGAUAAAUGUAACGCCAACCGCAGUAACGCUCCAACCGACGAUAAGUCAAACAUCGGUGAAUGUGAACAUAAAUGUGAGUAGCGAUCAAGAUGUUAAGCCGAGAGUUCGUCGAGUAGCAUGUACGUGUCCGAAUUGUGUGAUGCCUGAUCGAAGCAGUGAUAGGAAGAAGCAGCACAUUUGUCAUGUAGCUGGAUGUAACAAAGUUUAUGGAAAAACGUCGCAUCUUCGUGCACAUCUCCGUUGGCAUACAGGGGAACGUCCAUUCGUUUGCAAUUGGAUGUUUUGUGGUAAACGUUUCACUCGUUCUGACGAACUGCAGCGUCAUCGAAGAACUCACACUGGGGAGAAACGUUUUCAAUGUUCUGAAUGUUCAAAGAAGUUUAUGCGUUCAGAUCAUCUGUCGAAGCAUUUGAGAACUCACAUGAAGAAUCGAAAAGAACUGAAGAUUGAAGACAUGAAAAUAAUUUUGGACAAUUCACAGCAACAAGAAUCUCAAGAACAAGGUCAAUUUGUAAUCAUUCAAUCACAAUCGGUGGCGGGUGGCAAGACAAAAAUGAACAACGAAGACACAACUGAUGGUCAACAAGAGGAGAUCGUUUAUGUCUUGAAAGAUGAGAACACAUCCGGACAACAGAACGUAAUUCAAUUAGACACGAGUUCCGUUAAUCAAGAUCAAUUUGUUUGGAUCGCAAAUGAACAAAAUGGCGGCGAUUCAUCAUCGCAAGUUCAAUCUGGAAGCACGUUGUACACUAUCAAGGAACUUAAUUAUGCUCAGGACAUCACAAACUCAACUCAGAGCGCAUCUUCAGACGCUAGUAAUGAUUCAAGCGAAGAGAAAAUGACAAUUGAAGAAACGGAUGGGAAUAACUAGCACGAAGAGAAAUAUUUCAGCUUCGGACCAUUCUGAUAAAGACGAAGAAGUUGAAAUAUUUGCUAAUAUGAACGAACUCACCGAUUUAGAGUUAUUUUUAAUAAAUUAUCAAAAGCGAUGUAAAAAGGAUUAAAUCAUAGUUAAAUUGUAAAGCGCGGAAUUUGAACAGCUAAAAAUAUCCAUUAAGGUUGUCUAAAUUACCUACUUGCUUAGAAAUUAUCGAUUAACAAAACUGUUCAUUGGAAUUUUUGUAUUUAAGUAACGUUAUUAAGUUAAAAUUAACUUUUAAUUGUUUCAACUUUUAGCAAAAAAAUUGUUUUAGACUCAAUAAAAUUAAUCUUGAUGUUGAUGAAUAGAAACGAAUAAAAAUUAAUAUUUCGAAAGUGUUAGACACUUUAAUUUGUAAGAUAUUAAAUUUUUAGAUAACGUUUUGAUAGCUAAC